AUUAAAAAAAGUAAAUCGAUAAAUUUAUUUAAAGAUUUUUUUUAUUAAUUUUUAAAUCUGUACAACAUUUAAUAAUCUCCCCUCCAAUGGAAGAAUUACCGGUAAAUGAAGCCUUAACAUAUCCGGUGCAUGUAAACAGCAUAAGUGUACCUAAUGAUACCGCCUUAAAACGAGCAUACGACAUUUAUAAGCCCUCGACACAGACAAUACAACUUCUAAGCGAACAGGGACGUUCAGUAUAUGCAGAGGCCUUUAUAGAAAAUAAAAAUCUAGGAACUUUAGCCGAUUUAUGUGUACGUGUCUUGGCGCGCUCGUUUGGUCCACAGCCCUUGCCUAUAGUAGCCAGCAAUCCAUGCCUAUUACAAGAACACUAUGAUGCUUUAGAUGUUGAUCUACCUUUGGAAAAAUGCUAUAGUAUAACGGAAGAACGUUUUUGGAAGAGAGUGGUGCUAGCCAAGCAUAAAGAUAAAACAUUAGCUGUUAAAAAUAAUGUCAAUUGGAAAGAGCUAGGUGUAUCCUUAAAGUACGUUGAAUUGGUGGAAUCAUGUCCAGCUGAAUAUUGGCCUGAAGAGGAAAUGAAAGAUUUGGCAUUAAAAGUUAAAGAUUUUGUAAGCGAAAUGCAUAUAAAACGUUUGCAAUCCUUAAAAGAACGUUCAUUUGCAAAGUACUUUCACUCGCAAUCAGAGUCAACCUCAGAGGAAGAAGAAGGAGAAGAAAGUAGCGAAUCUUUGCUAAGCAGUUCUAGUGAAGAAGUAAUAGAAACAUCUGCAAUAGAACAAGAAGACAAAACUGAAUCCCAAUUAGAGCUUGAAAAAGAAAUGGUCAAUAAGAAAGCUCAAAUGAAGAAGGAACGUCUGGAAUUAAGAGAAUCGAAAAGAAAAGCACGAGAAGCUAAAGAAGCCAAACGUAAAGAACGUGAGGCCAGAAGAGCCACUAAGGAACCACCGCCACCAAAAAAGUCUAGCAAAAAAAUUCCCGACAAUGUUUUCGAAAUAGAAUUAUCCGAAAGUUCAGAUGAUGGUGAAGAUCGUAUCAUAGAUAAGCGCAAUAAAGCUUUACUUUUAAAGCAUAUUAAGAAGUACAAUUAUCCAGCCAAGGAUUGUCAUCAUAUAGACCUGGGAUUUGUGCAAUAUUUUACAAAUCUACAAAUAUUUGUCAUAGAAUUUUGGGGUCCUUUACAAAAUCGUAAUUAUCAAAUAAGACACAUGAAUUUCUCGCUAGACGAUAUUGAACGUUUAGCAGGCGGUCUACAACAUUUGUCCAAACUGCAUACUUUCCGUUUACGCAAUAGUCGCAUGGAUGCUGAAAAACUUUUAACACUUUGUCGGGCCUUGGGAUUUUUGCCACAUUUAGAAACUUUAGAUUUUGGCUUUGAUAACUUAGGUGACGAUUCUGCUUCCGCAUUCGAGGAACUUUUUCAAACUACUAAAACUGUUUGCAAUUUGGAAUUGGAAUCAAACGGCUUGGGUGAGCAGGUUUUAGGUCAAAUUGGUAGAUCAUUAAAAAAUUAUAAAGCUAAAGACAUGACCUAUUUGGGUUUGGCACGGAAUCCUAUAACAGAUAAAGCUUUACAUGCUUUUGUUUCCGAGAUUAUUGGUACUAAUCACAUAGUGGAGCUAAAUAUCAGAGGCGCGAAAUUUAUUACCGAUAUGGGCUUAUGUUGUUGUCUAGCGAAUGAGUUGUUAGGUCAACAUACACCUUUAACUAAACUGGAUAUUUGUGCCAUUAAAAUUCCCCCACUGGCUGCGAAUGAGUUGAUCAAAUCCUUAGCAAAGAAUGAAAAAUUGCUGGUUUUUUAUUGUGUCGGCUGUGAUCUGGAUGAAGAAUUGGAGGUAGAUAUAAAUGUGUUACUGCAGAGGAAUAAAUAUAUUGCAGAAAAUUAUUAUGUGGGCGAUUCGACGAUAACGAAUGAGGAGAUUGAGAAGUGGGUAAAUAGAACAAGAAAUCCUAUCCUCUUAAAAGUUUUAGCUGAAAGAGAAAAGCAACGUGAGUGCUUGAAAAAACGUUCUUUAGAAAGUAUACCAUCUUCAGUUUCCCACUCUUUACCAACCACACCCCAAACAUCACUCCAAUUUAUACCGAAAAUGCAUGAGGAACAUCUAAACGAAUAUACCAGUGCUGAAACAGCAGAUUCCGCCGGCCAAUUACCACAACGUUUUCAUUAUCCAGCCAAUGAAUUUAAUGAAGAAGAAUUUUUACAACAUGUUUCUCAACCAGGACCAAAGGAACGUUAUUAUUACUUUAAAAUGUGUAAAGAAAAAUUUGCCAUAAAGGAUAAUGUAAAAAAUAUAUCAAUGAUUUGAAUGAAAGGAAAUUAUUUAUUAUUCGAAUAUUGGUUAUUAAAUUCGUAUAAUC